AUGCUUGAAACCAUUCCUUCAGUUGAGAUAUGCCUCUCCGUCACCGAUGCUGAUUUAAAUAAAUUUAUUUGUAUUGUUGUUUCAGUUUUAAAAGGAAUUGCAGGCGGUAAUCAACGUGAAUUGGCACGCGAAAGAAAUCUAAAAAAACAGCAGAAGGCCAAUAAAGGCAAUCAAGAUACUACGAAGUUAGAUAGUCGAAUGGAAAGAGAUGCGGAUAUAAUGCGAAAGAAACAAGAAGCAGCAGCAGCAAAGAAAGCAGCUGAAGAAGCAGCUAAAGUUGAAUCUAGCAAGAAAUUACAAAAUGAAAUGGAAUCAACUGAUAAAAUUUUUCAGUUUAAAUUGAUCGUUGAGUGGUCUGUACAUUAUGAAAAAUUGUGGCAUUUAUUGACUUUGAGUGUUACGAAUGGUUUUGAUUUAUGGGAUUAUCUAAUAAUACUUGUAUUAAGAGGUCCUUAUAAAUAUGAAUAA